AUGGAAUUUUAUCAAGGAUUAUCACUUGAUUUUAGCCAUCUAUUGGACGAGUCUGACGACUAUGACGUUAUCAUUUAUGCUGGUAAAGAACCAAAUGUCAAAAAAUUCCACGCGCACACGGUUAUUUUGCGUGCGAGAUCCCCUUACUUUCGUAGAGCCCUGUCAAGAGAUUGGGCUCGAAAAGAAAACGGCUCAAUCGUAUUUCAGAAGCCGAACAUAGCACAUGAAGUGUUUGACGUCAUUCUGAAAUACAUUUAUAGUGGCACCGCAGAUUUACUUGCACAAGAAGGUGGUAUUAUCCUCAACCUUUUAACUGCCUCCGACGAAUUAAAUCUUCAAGAAUUGAUCGUUUAUGCGCAAGAUCAUCUUAUUCAACAAAAAUCUGACUGGUUGCAAGAAAAUGUGAUACAAGUUUUGCAUACCGUUGGAUAUUUAGAAGCCUGUAAAGAUUUACAAAAUUUUUGUUUGGGUUUGAUUUGUCAAGAUCCUUAUUGGUUAUUUGAAUCAAAUAAUUUUUGUUCAUUGGACGAAUCUGUUCUUGUACCUCUUUUAAAACGCGAUGACCUUUUAAUGGAAGAAAUUGAAAUUUGGGAUCACUUAAUUGAGUGGGGGAUCGCUCAAAAUAUAUCAUUAAAUGAAAAUAUUUCAACCUGGACUCCUCAAAAUUUCGAAACAUUGAAAGGUACUUUAGAACAUUGUAUACCUUUAAUUAGGUAUUUUAAUAUUGAUUCUAGUGACUAUUGGGAUAAAUUGAGACCUUUUAGACAGAUUUUACCAAGUAAAUUACAUGAAGAUCUUUUGCAAUAUUAUUGUAAGCGAGGAAAUAUUAGUGAAACGGAUACACUUAUAUUAUCACUAAGGAAGACUGAUAGUAGUUGGUCGGCUCCAACAACAUGGACUGUUUCACAACGUAGUCGUACUUCUUCUUUUGAUAAUAUGUCUGUUGCUGUUUUUUCAUCUCCGCGACAUGGUCCUUGCUUUGGUCAAACAGAUUUACGAAUGAAUGAUAAUUUUAAUGAGGCCGAAACUUGUACAUGUCAAUGCUACGAUUAUGAAAGUGAAAUAACUGAAAAUCAUAAUUUUUCUGUUGAAGAAUAUGAAGUAUUUCAGGUUAUAAAUAAAGAUAUACCUGAAUCUUCAAAUCAGGCUUCAACCUCACAGAUGCUUUCAAGACCCGAGCUUACAAAUUACCCAACUGCUUGGUAA